CAGUCUUUGUGUGUAUUGUUGUCCUGUGUCUUAAAUCGCCCCUGUGCUGCGGAGCCAUGGACCUCAUAUUGAGGUGUUUGUUUCUACUAUCCGGCCUUCGCGGGUUGCUGACGAUCGAUCUGGACGCCACAGAACCGAGCUUCUCUGUGGAGCCCGCCGGCACAGUGGAUGCGAUCGACUACAGGGAUCCGUGCAAAGCUGCUGCCUUUCUGGGAGAUAUUGCUCUGGAUGAGGAGGACCUGCGCUUGUUCAGGGUUGACCGUGUUGUGGACACAGCCCAAAGGACCAUCCAGACCCUGAACCUCACAGACCCAGGAGCCUCAGCCAAUGAGACGAGCCCGAACGCCACCACACCGGACGGCCAAGGGGCGCGUCGCAGGAAGAGGGCGGCAACCUCCCGGCCGGAGAGGGUGUGGCCAGACGGAGUGAUCCCGUACGUCAUCAGCGGGAACUUCAGUGGCAGUCAGCGGGCGAUAUUCCGGCAGGCCAUGCGUCACUGGGAGAGGCACACCUGCGUGACGUUCAUCGAGAGAACGACGGAGGAGAGCUACAUCGUCUUCACUUACCGGCCGUGUGGGUGCUGUUCGUACGUGGGGAGGAGGGGAGGGGGACCUCAGGCCAUCUCUAUAGGGAAGAACUGUGACAAGUUCGGCAUCGUGGUGCACGAGCUGGGUCACGUGAUCGGCUUCUGGCAUGAACACACGCGGCCGGACCGAGACGACCACGUCAGCAUCAUCAGGGACAACAUCCAGCCAGGACAGGAGUAUAACUUCCUGAAGAUGGAGCCAGGAGAGGUGGAUUCCUUGGGAGAGGUGUACGACUUUGACAGCAUCAUGCACUACGCCAGGAACACCUUUUCCAGGGGCAUCUUCCUGGACACCAUCUUGCCGCGGUAUGAUGUGAAUGGAGUCCGGCCCCCCAUCGGUCAGAGGACAAGGUUAAGCAAAGGAGACAUUGCACAAGCACGCAAGCUAUACAAGUGUUCACGGUGUGGCGAUAGUUUGCAGGACAGUAGCGGAAACUUCUCCUCACCUGGCUUUCCUAACGGAUAUUCCGCCUACAUGCACUGCGUUUGGAGGAUAUCGGUCACACCUGGAGAAAAGAUCAUUCUGAACUUCACCUCCCUGGAUUUGUACCGAAGUCACCUGUGCUGGUACGACCACGUGGAAAUCAGAGACGGGUACUGGAGAAAAGCACCACUGAAAGGCCGUUUCUGUGGUGAUACCCUGCCUGAACCAAUUAUCUCCACCGACAGCCGCCUGUGGAUCGAGUUCCGCAGCAGCAGCAACUGGGUGGGGAAGGGAUUCUCUGCGCUGUACGAAGCCAUCUGUGGAGGGGAGAUCAAACGAGACAACGGGCAGAUCCAGUCCCCUAACUACCCGGACGACUACCGGCCCAACAAAGUGUGCGUGUGGAAGAUUACUGUGACACCGGGCUUCCACGUGGGCCUGACCUUCCAGUCAUUCGAGAUCGAGAGGCACGACAGCUGUGGGUACGACUACCUGGAGGUGCGGGACGGCAGCUCAGAGACCAGCCCCCUCCUGGGCCGAUUCUGCGGCUACGACAAGCCAGACGACAUCAAGACCAGCUCCAACCAGCUGUGGAUGAAGUUUGUGUCCGACGGGUCCGUCAACAAGGCUGGCUUCGCAGCCAACUUCUUCAAAGAGAUGGACGAGUGCUCCAAGCCCGAUAACGGGCGCUGUGAGCAGCGCUGCAUCAACACUCUGGGCAGCUACCGGUGCGCCUGCGACCCCGGGUACGAGCUGGCCUCCGACAGACGCAGCUGCGAGGCAGCUGCCUGUGGCGGUUUCAUCACCAAGCUGAACGGCUCCAUCACCAGCCCGGGCUGGCCAAGAGAGUACCCCCCCAACAAGAACUGCAUCUGGCAGCUGGUGGCCCCCACACAGUACCGCAUCACCCUGCAGUUUGACGUCUUCGAGACCGAGGGGAAUGAUGUGUGUAAGUACGAUUAUGUGGAGGUGCGCAGUGGCCUAUCGGCAGACUCCAGGCUACAUGGCAAGUUCUGCGGGGCAGAGAGACCCGAGCCAAUCACAUCGCAGUACAACAACAUGCGCAUCGAGUUCAAGUCUGACAACACCGUGUCCAAGAAGGGAUUCAAGGCUCAGUUCUUCUCUGAUAAGGAUGAGUGCUCCAAGGAGAACGGGGGCUGCCAGCACGAGUGUGUGAACACCUACGGAAGCUACAGCUGCCAGUGCCGCAGCGGCUUCGUGCUGCAUGACAACAGGCACGACUGCAAGGAAGCGGGUUGCGACCACGUGGUGAACACUGCAAGUGGCACCAUCACCAGCCCCAACUGGCCUGAUAAAUACCCCAGCAAGAAGGCGUGCACCUGGGCCCUGUCCACCACCCCCGGCCACCGCAUCAAACUCGCCUUUAACGAGAUCGACAUGGAGGCCCACCUGGAGUGCGCCUAUGACCACAUCGAGAUUUUCGACGGGCGGGAUGACACAGCCCCCAGCCUAGGCCGGUUCUGUGGCACAAAGAAGCCCUCGCCGGUCAUCUCCAGCGGCAGCAGGGUGUUCCUGCGCUUCAUCUCCGAUAACUCUGUGCAGAAGAAGGGGUUCGAGGCCUCCAUCUCGGCUGAAUGCGGAGGUAGUCUGAAGGCGGAGGUCAAGACGAAGGACCUGUACUCCCACGCCCAGUUUGGGGACAAUAACUACCCUGGGGGGUUUGACUGCCAGUGGGUGAUCACGGCGGAGAAGGGCUACGGGGUGGAGCUCAUCUUCCAGACCUUCGAGAUCGAGGAGGAGCCAGACUGUGGCUACGACUACGUGGAGCUGUUCGACGGCGCCGACCCCAAAGCCCCGAGGCUGGGGCGCUACUGCGGCUCGGGGCCCCCCGAGGAGAUCUACUCUGCCGGCGACUCCAUCCUCAUCAAGUUCCACGUGGACGACACCAUCAACAAGAAGGGCUUCCAUGUGCGCUACACCAGCACCAAGUUCCAGGACACGCUCCACUCCAGCAAGUGACCUGCAGGGGCAGGGAGGGGGCCGCAAGGGGCCCGGGGGAGGCCGCAGGGGCCGGGGCCCCCGAGGACACCCGGAGCCCUCCGGCCACCAAACAUCACCCGGA